AUGGUUCGCGCCAAGCCCGACGCCCGCCUGGCAUGCGACAGCUGCUACGGCCUCAAAACCAGAUGCGUCUACACCGGUGCGGGCUGCAGUAGCAGCGGCGGCGGGGGUGGCGGAAGUGGCGGCACGGCCUCGCCCUCUUGUCAGCGCUGCGCUCGCCUUGGCAGGGCAUGCGUCACCACCAGGGCCAGAGGGGAGUCGGGCCGCCCGAGGAAGCCGGACAGGAUCUCCACGCGGCCCGUCGCGGGGAGGCAGUUUGUCUGGACGGCGGUGGGGUCUGCCUCUCUGUCGAAGCGCAACAGCGCCGGGAUGUCCAUAUCGACCCCGGAAGCCGGAGUGGCGACUUUGCCCCCCUCGUCAUCGCUUCUUCCCUCUGCUGCUGCCUCUGCUGCUGCUGCCUCUGUGCCCAGCCCAUCCACCAUCCAACCGUCCGACCAUGUCCUGGCUUCCCUCAGUGUCGCAGACAGAACGCUCCUGGGGCUGAUCCUGGACAGGCGCACCUUUGCGGACCACUUUGUGCUGGCAUCGCCCUUUGCCGACGGCAUGAUCGAGGGCAUGGUGCGCGGGCUGGGCAUGGGUCUGCCGGAGCAGAAGCAGCCGUCGCCGCUCGUCGGUCUGCAGCUCGCGUGCGCCGCAAAGGUAGCCGACCUGCUGCUCCUCCGCACAAACACCACCGCCGCUGAUGUGGACGACGGCUACCACUGCUACUACUCUCAGAGCGCGGCCGCCGUCGACAUCCUCCGCCAGACGUUCACCCCGGCCCGCGUGGUCAGCGAGGCCGAGGCCCUCGUCGCCAUCUACCUCGGCAUCGGCAUCGUGACCUUUGACCUGAUGGACGCAGGCCGCAGCGCCCACUCGGUCGCGCGCUUCGCCAUCGGCGUGGUCCGGCGCGCGGCCAAGCUGCAUCAGCAGCGGCGGCGGCAGCCGUUCGGCCCGGGCGUCGACCGCGACCUGGUCCCGCUCGCGUACCUCGACACGUGCAACUGCCUCGUGCGCAGGAUGGUGCCGGCUGCGAGGCUGGAGGUGGGCGGGCCGCCGGUUGUGGACAGAUGCAUCGGGGUGUGCGGGCCGCUUCUGCCGCUGCUGUACGACGUGUGCGAGCUGAGCCGGGAUCUGCGCGCGCUGCAGCUCGCCAGCGGCACGGCAGGCGAAGGGGCGGCGGGUCAGAUGGGCGGCAGCGGCUGUCGGCUCGGCAGGAUGGUGCAGCAGUGCGCGCUGCAGCAGCGGCGCGAGAGGCUGGAGCGGGCGCUGGAGGCGUGGGAGCCUGCGCUGCCGGGCGACUUUGCGGCGGCGUAUGCGGCGGCCGAGCAGGCGGUCGUGCGUGGCCAGGCGCGCAUCCACAAGCUGACCGCGACGCUGAUCCUCCACCGGCUGGCCGUCUCGUUUGACCAGGACGGAGGCUGCGGUGGGCGCGGCGCGCGCCUGGCGGCCGAGAUGCUGCGGUGCAUGGCGGAGCUGUACGCGGCAGCCGGUCGGGAUCCCAAGGAGGAGCGGGCCGGUGUGGGGACUUUUGACUACCGACUUUCUCUGUCGCUUUUAGUGGCGGCGGCAGAGCUGACGUCGGCGGCGGACAGGCGGGACUGCCUCGAGGACAUGUUUCCGCUCGUCGUGUCCAAGCUGUAUCCCGAGGUUGAUAGGAUGCUGCACAACAACCCCACCUUCACUGCUCUGCUCACGCUCGCCGAGCUCGACACAAGGCCCCCCAUAGCCGCGAGCAGGCCGGUCGUCGUCACCCUCUGGUGCGCACUGGUCGCCUGCAGGCUCGGCGUCAGCGACCUCGACGACGCCUGGUCCCUCGGGUUCGGCCGCGCCAUGGCCCUCGUCUACAUUCUAUCCCGCGCUGUACGCGAGGACGUCAACGGCAAAGCGGCGGUGGGCUUCCUCACGGCCAGCUUCCCCACCGUCAGCCUCGACUCCAGCGGGGCUGGGGUGCUCGCAUCGCUAGUGGCCGCCAACAUCAUGGAGGCGGCGGGGCGCGUCUGGGGGGCCGCGGCCAUGGACUUUCUCUCUUCGCUUCCUGGGUCCGCUUCGGAUGUGGUUGAGGGGUUCAAUGGUCUUGAUGACUACUGCGCCGUGGAGACUACGAUGGCGCGGGCCUUGGACUCGUGGGUGUCUUGGGGGCAGUGGACGGGGAGGGAAGGGGAUUUUCUGGUCAGAGUGUUUGACAUGCUCGACGCGUUCUGUCCUGCCGCUGGGUUGGACGGGGGGGAGGUGGUCGAGACAGGAGGGCACAAGCAGAAUAUCGAUAGCCGGGUGAAGCAAAGGACUCCACUUCCAGACGGCUCGGGUAUAGCCACACUUUAA